ACUUGUUAAUGUCAAUAAUUUGGCUAAAUUGUCAAGCCAGAUUAAGGAAAAAGAAGGUUUACACUUAAAAUACCAAAAGACAAUUGUUGAAAUCUGCGAGUAAAUACCUUCAGAUCUGAUGAUUUUUCUUUCAAAUUGCUUGAAGUGUAAUUAAGAGCAGAAAUUUCCAAAAUGCCGGAAGACGAAGAUAUUAGCGCGUCGGCCCGCAUGACCAACGAUGAUUUUCGAAAGCUCUUGAUGACUCCGAGAGCAUCUGCUCCAUCCUCUACACCUUCAACAGUUCCUGGAACUCUUCGCGAUGCGAGCGCAAAAACUGCACAAACACCUAUCAUCGGUGGCAAUAAUCGGGCCGAACUUCGGCGGAAAAAGAAAAGCUUUUACGCCAAGUUGAAAAAACAAGAAGAAGAUAAAAUGGCAGAGUUAGCUGAAAAAUACAGAGACAGGGCGAAAGAACGUAGGUCAGGAACCAGUCAAGAUUAUCAAACAGAAGAAACUAUAAACAGCGCGAGUGCUUAUCGAGCCGUUGCUCCUGAUUUAAAAUCCGGCAUGGAUGCUGCUGAGCUCAGAAGGCAAUGGAUAGAAAAUUCUAAAUUCUUAGGAGGAGACAUGGAGCACACUCACUUGGUAAAAGGGUUGGAUUUUGCCCUUUUGCAAAAGGUAAAUAGCAAAUAAGUAACAUAUGACUUUUAAGGGUGGCCACUGAACUUGAUUUCAGUUUUUACUUUUA